AUAGCGCAUAAGAAAGAAGUGAAAUGUUCGACGAGAGCUUCCCAUAUUGAUUUUUCUUUUAUUCAUUUUCUCCAGUUUUGAUUUUCGCUCGGAUAACGGGCAAUGCUUUCUCCGACUUUCUUGUCACCAAAUAUCAGUUUCAAUCUUACUCGGCCACCUCCACCUCCACUUCCACCAUUUUUGGCUAUUCAACCACUUAAGCUACCAAAAAGAAGAAAAAACUCGAACUCGAAGAACCAUAAACAGAGUAGAACUUGGCGUUGUCGUUGUUUUUCUUCCGAAAAUCCAUCUUCCUUACAUGAUUCUAAGAUUUCGGACGAGUUUUCCAGUUUCCUUGAUGACCCAGAAACGGAAUUAUCUGAUACACAGUCCUUUUGCCAUGGUCUCUGUCCUUCUUCGCUUGCGCUGUGGCUUCGGUCGUGUCAGAGCCUAGAAGACGUGAAAAGAAUACAUGGGAUUGUUCUGAAGUGCUUUGGAUACCCGGAGACUUAUGUUUAUAACAAUUUGAUUUGUGUUUAUUUAAAUUUUGAGAAGUUAAGUGAUGCUCGUAAUGUGUUCGAUAAAAUGACGCUGAGGAAUGUUGUUACUUGGACUGCUGUUAUUGACGGGUACAUGAGAUUUGGUUUGCAUGAAGAAGCUUUCAGCUUGUUUAAGGAUUCUAUUCGAGAUGGGGUUCGAGCAAACGAGAAGAUGUUUGUGUGUCUCGUGAACCUUUGUAGUAAGAGGAAGGAAUUUGAGCUUGGGAAGCAAAUUCAUGCAGGUGUUAUCAAAGGUAGCGCGAGCAACAUGAUUGUCGACAAUUCUAUUGUGAAAUUCUAUGCAGAAUGUGGAGAUCUCAAGAGCGCUUUUCGUAAAUUCGAAAAAAUGUCCAAAUGGGAUGUCUUUUGUUGGACAACUAUGAUCACUGCUUGUUCUCAACAAGGGAAUGGAAAGGAGGCUAUUUCUCUCUUCUCUAGGAUGUUGGAUGAGGGAUUUUCCCCCAAUGGAUUUACAGUUUGUGGGGUUUUAAAAGCUUGUGGUGAAAAGAAGGAACUAAGCUUAGGACGACAAUUACAUGGUGCCAUAGUUAAGGAAAUGUACAAAAAUGAUGUUUUCAUAGGCACUUCCCUAGUGGAUAUGUAUGCAAAAUGUGGUGAGAUUGUAGACUCAAGGAAUGUGUUUGACAGAAUGAAUCAUAUAAAUAUUGUAACUUGGACAUCUAUCAUAGCGGGAUAUGCUCGCAAGGGACUUGGUGAGGAGGCCAUAGAGCUCUUCCGAGCUAUGAAGAGGCGAAACAUAUUUCCCAAUAACUUGACCAUUGUGAACAUUCUCAGGGCUUGUGGUUCGAUCGAAAAUUCAAUGAUUGGAAGGGAAGUGCACGCACAGAUAGUGAAGAACUCUAUUGAAACCAACUUAUACCUUGGAAAUACAUUGGUGUGGUUCUAUUGUAGAUUUGGGGAGUACUCUAAAGCCAUCAAGGUCCUCCAAAAAUUGCCUCAUCGAGAUGUUUUCUCAUGGACAGCAAUCAUUUCUGGUUGUACCCAUCUGGGAUAUGACUCGGAAGCUCUUGAAUUCUUGAGAGAAAUGAUAAAGGAGGGAGUAGAACCAAACUCUUUUACUUAUUCAUCAGCCUUAAAAGCUUGUGCUCAGCUGGAAACUGUUCUUCAAGGCAGAUUGAUUCACUACUCAGCCAAGAAAACUCCUUCCAUGUCUAAUGUUUUCGUGGGCAGUGCUUUGAUCUACAUGUACUCAAAAUGCGGGUAUGUGACUGAAGCGUUAAAUGUCUUCGAAAACAUGCCUGAAAAGAAUUUGGUUGCCUGGAAAUCUAUGAUUAUGGGGUAUGCAAGGAAUGGAUUCUGUCGAGAGGCUUUAAAACUUAUGUAUCGGAUGCAAGCAGAGGGUUUCGAGGUGGAUGAUUAUGUCCAUACGACGGUUCUCGCCGCAUGUGGAGAUGUUGAGUUAGAUGAUGUAGAGCAUUCGUAUGCUUGUAGUUUGAAGUCUGGUUCCUCUGUUUGAAACUUUGAUUGAAUGAAGAUGCAAAUGGUUACAAUAUUUAGAAGUGUUGGAGAAUGAAGUGGUCUUGUCAACUUCAUCUCCUGUCCAUACUUGUUUUGAACAUCUGAUAUGUACUGAUAUGUAUUCACUGGUGUAGAUUAUGAAAUGGAGAAAAAGAAAUAGUUAUGAAAAAGAAAUGUGUCUGUGUCUGUCUGUAAUUUCAGCACAUAUGCACUGAGUUGAUUUUGUUCAGAGUAGUUCAAUGGCAUGAAAACAUGGCAUAAUAUCAAGACUUU